UCCACCACAGCGUCAGAGCGCAGUGCAGCGCCUCAUUGGCCGUGGGAAGUUAUGUGAGAGCACGUGCUGUUGAUUUUCGCUUAAGUUGUUUUGUUGCCACAUUAAGUGUUGUUACUAUAAAUUGUUCGUAGUGGUUGGUGUAAUUUCAAAUUCCAAUACAUAUACACACAUUAUGGACAUGGACUCCAGCAACAGCAAAGGCAACAGCAACAGCUGACACAUUCGAAACCUUACAAACGCAGCCCAAUCCAAAGGCUCCACAAAGGUCUCAGCAAACAAGUCAACACACAUACAUACAUAUCUACACAAAAAAAUGGAGUACACCAACAACACGACGAACGUUGCAACAAAGUUAAAGCGACCGGCUGUGUGCCACCACCGAAUGUGAGAGAGCCUGCUCACUAAGAUUUACCUGUCGUCUACCUGCCGACCGAACUGUGGUGAAUUGCUUGCAUGGCAAGGAAGUCGGUAUAAAUACCACCACCAGGAGACUGUCGAAGGCAUACGCAUACAGGACGUGAACGUGUAGACAAUUAGUCACUAGUUAACUGUAGAAUACUUUGAGAUUUUUUGAGCAUUCGUAAUACAUUCAAUGAAAAUUGAAGACAACAUGUCGUCCAGUGAAAUAUAUCGUUACUAUUAUAAAACCUCUGAGGAUUUGCAGGCAUUCAAAUCGAAUGCGAACGAGAUGUUCUUCAAUCCGAUGGCGGCGUAUAAUCCGCCACCGCUGGUGAGCGCCAAUCAGCAUCAUCAUCUUCUGGAGCAGCAACAACAACAGUACAAUUGUGCGCCCAACAACAAUUUCUUGCCCACCAACGGUUUCAUCACUUUCGAGCAGGCAUCCUCCGACGGCUGGAUUACUUCAUCACCGGCGAGUCAUCGCUCCGAAAGCCCAGAAUAUGUGGAUCUCAAUAGCAUUUACGCUAAUGGCGCGCAUAGCGGCGCUCAUCCAUUGCACGCGACUGUCACACAAUUCGGUUUACAUUUGGAGUCGCCACCAGCGCCGACUACACAAUUAACUGGCUUGCCAGAGACCCCAACAGCGUCAAAUAGCACAAAACCGAAUGCGUCCAAAGCGCAAAACACCGGUGCCACAACAAAAGCGAAACGUUCUUACACGCGCCGCACACCAAAAGCAGCACCAGCUCCAACCGCUUCACCUUCAUUACCGCCAAUUACCAGUGAUGCGAUCGUUUCCAUUGCGACUAAUGCUGCCGCCGCGAUUAGCGCCAAUCCGCACGUAGUUACCAAUACGCCUUACACACACGACUUCCAAAGUUUCGAUUUUGAUCAAGCUGCUGCUUUAUUUGAUGGUGACAGCGUCGACGACGAAGAUAUGGACGAUCAUAUGUUGCUCUUUGGCGGCGAUGACGACUUCGAGGCCGCCGAUGGUUCCUUCGAACUAGCUGAUCAAUCUGCCGGCAUGCAAACUAAGGAUGAUACCGCAGCGUCUACACCACCCGGCGCUAAGAAGCGUCGUGGCAAGCAAAUCUCACCGGUGGUCAAGCGUAAGCGUCGUUUAGCGGCCAAUGCGCGUGAACGUCGCCGCAUGCAGAAUCUGAAUCAGGCUUUCGAUCGACUCCGCCAAUAUCUCCCAUGUCUGGGCAAUGAUCGGCAGCUCUCCAAGCAUGAGACACUGCAGAUGGCUCAAACUUAUAUUGCGGCAUUGGGCGAUUUAUUGCGCUAAGCUGAAAGGAAGGCGCUGGUUCGAGGCGUGGCCGUAACAGUAUUUCUUCGUUGUUGUUGUGAGAUACAAAUGACUGAGUUAGACAAUACAAAUGUAAAUAUGUAGUUGAAGUUUCCUUAGUUCUAAGCUUGUAUAUGUUGCUGUAUAUUUAUAUAGCGUUAGUUAGGUUUGAUAGAAAAAAUAUUUGUAAAAUUUAAAAAUAAGAAAUAGCCAAAUAUUGUACAUAAGAAACCGGAAGACAAAGAUAUGCCUAAGUUUAGUUAAAAAAAUAAAAUAAU